UUCUCUACAUAACUAAGUAAUCAUAAUAUAUUUGGUAUUGCUUAUUUGUUUCGCCUGAUGAAGGCUUGCAAAUGCAUUUGCAUUUGCUGCUUGUUCUCAGAAAGCACUAUUAGUGACAUUUAUUCCAAUAUUUCUUUCUCUACCUGACUUGUGCCCUUUUUAUAUAUAUCUGAUUCAGUUCAUUUCUAGUUUUCUUCAUCUAUCGCUAUUGACUCGAUUAUGUUAGGGUUGGCUGAAUACUUUCAAUUCUGCAGCUGCAUUCUUCUUGCCUGCUUGCUUUUUUCCUUCCCAUAGCCGCUGCUAUGCUGAAUCCUUUCCGGUGCAUUCAUCAUCAUUAAAAAAAACUAGACGAAGACUUGUGCUUUUCUGAGUCUCAAUGGAAACCAGGCAGCGAUCUGUCGAGGAUGUAUACAAAAGGAGGUCACAUAAAAUUAAAGUCGAAGAUGUUGAGAAGCCCUUUCAGAUUCCUAUUCAAGAUAAGAACACAAAAUGGAAGAUGCAGUUAUUGAAACUUAUUCUAGUUAUUAUCCUGCUUGCUGUUUUUGUUACAGUUUUGUAUUCACCAACUGUGUGCCAUCCUGAACAUGUAUCAGAUUCUCUGGCAAGGCCGCAUUUUAUGAACAGGUGGAUGUGGGGAGGAUCAGAUCCUAGAUAUGUGUCUCAUGAAGAAGUCAAUUGGAAUGAGAUAUUAGACGCCUUGGAUGGAAUGCCUAACAAAACUAAAAUCCAGGGAGUUGGUUUGCUAAACUUCGAUAACACUGAAAAUGAGAUGUGGAAACAAGUCCUCCCCAAUUCGAAACAUAUUCACCUGCAUUUAGACCAUGCUGAAGAAAAUGUAACUUGGAAUACCAUAUACCCAGAAUGGAUUGACGAAGAACAAGAUGAUGAAGUUCCUAGUUGCCCUACUCUACCUAAGCUCGAAGUGCCUAGAAAAAGACUUGAUCUUGUUAUUGUUAAGCUUCCUUGUAGAAAUGAGGCAAACUGGUCAAGAGACGUUGCUAGGUUGCACUUGCAGCUUGCAGCUGCUGGUCUAGCAGCAAAUGCCAAAGGCUAUCACCAAGUGCAAUUACUUUUUGUUACCAAGUGUUUUCCUCUGCCAAAUCUGUUUUCUUGCAAGGAACUUGUUGUAAGGAAAGGCAACGCGUGGCUCUAUAAACCUAACUUGAAUGUUUUGAGGGAGAAGCUCCUGCUUCCAGUUGGCUCUUGUGAACUUUCACUUCCACUCAAACCCAGAGAUGAAGAUUACUCGCUGAAUGUAAAGAGAGAGGCUUAUGCAACAAUCCUGCAUUCUGCUGAUGACUAUGUUUGUGGGGCUAUAGCUGCAGCCCAGAGCAUCCGAAUGGCAGGGUCAACUCGGGACCUAGUGAUUCUUGUAGAUGAAACAAUAAGUGAGUACCAUAUCAGUGGGCUAGAGCUAGCAGGAUGGAAAGUUCGAACAAUAAAGAGAAUAAGGAAUCCAAAAGCUGAGAAAGAUGCCUAUAAUGAGUGGAACUACAGCAAGUUUCGACUAUGGCAGCUCACAGACUAUGACAAGAUCAUUUUUAUUGAUGCUGAUUUACUUGUACUAAAAAACAUUGAUUUCUUAUUUGGGAUGCCAGAGAUAUCGGCAACAGGAAAUAAUGGCACACUUUUCAACUCCGGUGUCAUGGUGCUGGAGCCAUCUAAUUGCACAUUUGAGCUUCUGAUGGAUCACAUCAAUGAAUUUGAGUCCUACAAUGGUGGUGACCAGGGGUAUUUGAAUGAAGUUUUUACAUGGUGGCAUCGGAUUCCUAAACACAUUAAUUUCUUAAAGCAUUUUUGGAUUGGCGAUGAGGAAGAAACCAAGCAAAAGAAAACGCGCCUUUUUGGUGCUGAACCCCCGAUUCUUUAUGUGAUUCAUUAUCUGGGACGAAAGCCAUGGUUGUGCUUUCGGGAUUAUGAUUGUAACUGGAAUUGGGAUCUCUUACAAGAGUUUGCAAGCGACGUUGCUCAUGCAAGGUGGUGGAAAGUGCAUGAUGCAAUGCCAGAGCAAUUACAGCAGUUUUGCCUGUUGCAGUCAAGGCAAAAGGCACAACUCGAGUGGCACAGAAUGCAAGCUGAGAAGGGAAACUACACAGACGGGCAUUGGAAAAUUAAAGUCCAUGAUCCACGCCUGAAGAAGUGUAUCGACAAUUUGUGCUCUUGGAAGGGCAUGUUGAAACACUGGGGUGAGACAAAUUGGACGGACAACAAAUUCUUUACUCCUUCCCCACCAGCCCUCAAGAAAGCCUCUCUUUCUGCCUUGUUAUAAGAAAGGACCAUUCUUUCUUUUGUCCUAUCCUGAUUAUACUUGUUUCUAUGAGGUGAACUGGGGGUACUUCCAGCCCAUCAAAGGGACUCAUUUCUUGAAAUCUUGCCAGAUCUGAGUCGUCGUCUACGGUCUAUCUGCUAAAACAAGGCACUUCCACCAGAAUAGCAUUGUCAGCACCAAAGCUUCAGGAAAAGAUCAUAGCCUUAAAAAACAAGUAAGCUGGCAAUGAACUAAUUAUUUGUCCAUGUGAGACGUAUUGAUACGCUGCUUGAUUCUAAACAUUUCUGGUGUUUACUCUCAGUGUAAAUUUCACAGAAUAACGUGUUGUAAGAUUACCCAUGUUUUGUUAAAUAACAACAUAAUGUCUGUGAAUUCUUAGUUUCAGAGAGCAUCAGUAUUACUAGAAUUAAAAAUUUAAACUGAUACAGACAUCUUCUUAGCAUUUGUUAGCACUCAGCACUACAAAUUGAAAAUUUAUUCGAUGA